AUGAAACUUCACAUUAAAGAACAAUUGCGGAGUAUUGAAUAUCCCGAAACAACCGACAUGAAACCGCCUUCUCAACCGGUUAAGACAAAUGGUGAUCCAAAGAAAUUGAAGUCUACACCAAAUGACAACUCGAUUACACGGGCUCCUUCCUAUUGGGAGCACAUCAAUAAACUUUUUCCCGACUCACCAACUCCAAAAUCUCAAAAAUUUCAAACAAGUUCAAGCAAAGGAGCUCGCAUAAGCAAACCGCCUCCGACACAUAUUCCGCCAAAAAUUCCAAUCAUCGAAGAGAUGCCUCUUAUGCCGAAAAUUUCAUUCAUCAAAGAGAUAUCGGUUUCUAUACACCUUAACAUCGAGCGGGUCGUCAAUGUUACGGGGGACGAUAAUUGCGGUUACCGGGCCGUCUCGGUGUUGCUUGGUAAUGGAGAGGAUAGCCAUACGCUUGUCCGUCAUCAACUUAUCAAAGAGUUGAAGACGCAUAAAUAA